AUAAAAAUUAUGAGGGUAAUAUUUGUGUAGGCCUACGUACAGAAACAAGUCACUCAAAGAAAUUGUUUUACUUGUCUUUUUCGCCAACGUGAAAAUAAGUAGCUUUGAGAUAAACGCUACAUACAAAUGGUAACAAAUAUUUUCGGAAAGCUAGAGCUGCGUCGCGUUACUUUGCCAUUCCAGUCUAUACAAUAAACUUUCUGUUUCUUUGAAAAAUUCCUCUAAGGCACAUUCUUCUCUCUGCGAUCCGAUCGAGUCUUGUUUGUACUGUUUAGGUGGUGGCGUUCCUCUCUCCCCGACUAUUGUCUGAUAAUGUUCGUUGAAUAUUUCACACUGCUGCUCAAUAACAAUAUUCAAAGUUUGCGUUACUUUUACCGUCGAACAAUAGGCUUCGUUCAAAAUAUUAGCGAUGAAAGAAGCAGUGAUUUCUACUGGUUAGAAGCCACAAUUCAAAUCUUUUAGAAACAAACGUGAUCCUGUCUAGUUGAAACUAUCAUUUGGAUUCUAUGUGUCUCUGUAUAAACAUCUCAUCAAAAGAUCUUUUCUAGAAAUAUUGGCAAUAUUGGCAAACUUUGUAUAUUUAGCUGAAAUACGGGGAGUUAAUUAUACAGUCAGUGAUGUCUAAGUGUCUCUCUGUAGGAACUGUGGAGCGACACGUAUGAACAGAGGGAUGCGAAAUUCCUAGAUCUAUGUUUACACAGUGCUAUUUCAUUAAUAAUAACGAAGAUAGUCUUUCGAUUUCGCCUUAAUUGAAUAUAUUUUGAAUCGAAAUUUCAAAAUGUUAUAAAGCAAAAUAAGCACGAAUAAAGACAGGACCCCGAAGACACAGAAGUAAUCUAUUCACCCCAUUGUACCAAAUCUUCCCUUACCAAAAAACACCUUACAUCUCAACGAUACGCCUAACAAUUAAAAGCAUUAAUUAUAAUCAUGCCUUCGCGACAAUUCACCUGUACGAGCCACCCGCGUGCCACUCAUCCCUCGCCCUGGCUACAGUCCUUCACCCGUUGCUCGGCACAAUAAUGACAAGUGAACCCUCGAUGGUACGCAACGCGUAUCGGCGGAAUAUCCAAUAAACCAGGAUGAACAACCGCGCGUCCGUAGGUAACACGGGGCUCAAAGAGGCUGGAAAUAGCGGCGGCGUCCAGGGAAGAAAUCUUGCCGGUGGUUGGAUAUAAUCGGUACACACGAACCGCGAUCGGGGGCGGCACGUACGAUUACCUCGCCGGGAUCGGCACUGGCACGGUUAGCCGAGCUUCGAAGUCCUCUCUCUCUCCGUCAUCUUGAGUCCUUCGAGCGUGAACGGAAAUACCCAUCGGCGUGUACCGGAAGCUCACGGCAAAGUCCUCCACCCCUUUGCCCUCCGUUUUAGAAAAGGGAUCCCUGUAGCGAUUUCUGCGGUAGCGUGACAAGAGUAGCCAACACCGCGGAAAGAGGAGGAGGGGAGUAGGGUAAAAAAAAAAAGAAACGCGACGAGGGCAGGGGUUGGGAAAGGCCUGUGGAACGCGAAGGGAUGGAAGAGGAUGGCAGAUAAAAGGGUAGGAAGAGAAACCGGUCGGUCUAAGGGGGGUGGGUUCGAUUCGCUGGUGGCAGAACCGGAGAGGAGAACAGUGUGGUCGGAGGAGAGGGGUGACAUUAUAUUUGCGCAGAGCUGUCCGAUAGGGCGCAGUAUCGUCGCGACCGCCGUCGCGUGCACGUCGAUUUUUCGUGCUUUUACUACGUGUUUAGACCCGCGAGUGCGUCUGCACCGAGAACGUCGCUUUCACUCCUCGUUGGCCGUACCUUGGCCAGCUUACUCUACUAGUUCUCUCGUUCUUUCCCUCUCUCGUCUACUCUCUCUUUCUCUCUGUUUACCCGCCUCUGUUCGUCUAUAUCUGUACUCUUUUUUUUUUCACGGUGUCACCAAACGUUUCCAACGUUUAUACCACCCCCGGAUUCCCGAUUUUCUACCGUGCUCCGUUUCGCAUAACUACCGUGUCUCGCGAUCCGUGUUUAUCGCGAAUAACGAAAACAAAACAAAAAAAAAACAACAACACGGAGGAGUCCGCGAAGUGUCGACGGCCCGAAGAGUGAGUAGAAUAGUGUUGUUUUGCGUGAUCGUUGGUGUGGUUUCGUUCCUGCUUGCACUGCCUUGCGCGAAGGAUCUUCGUUUUCUACCCUUUAAAUUCUCGCACCACUUGCAUGGCCCACUCCCACGAGCCUCCCCUCCGAUCGAGUGACUUUCGAUUUUCACGCAACGCGACGCGAUCUCUCGCGCUAUUUGGAUGGAUAACGCCGUGACUGGAUCGACCUGGCCCACGAAUGAUUGCCGGUAAUUGCCGUGGGAUUGUCAGGUUCUCGUUGGAUCUCGAGUAUCGAGCGUUUCGACGGAGUAACAAGAUCGGUGGACUGAAUGCACUCGUUUCGCCACCGACGCCGUGAUAAUAGAGGGUGAAUCACCGUCCGAGCAAAUGCUAGGACCUUUGCCGAAUGCGCAAUAUUAGUUGACAUUCUCGCGUUGCGUGAAAAGUCACCGGAAUAGAGACCAAAACUGAUUUCGGAGCGCGGAGCCGCCGAUGGGACAGAACCAGGUAACAUGACGUUUACCCGAGACGUCUGCAGAGCAAGAACAUAGAGAUAGAGUCGGACAUAUUUGCUGGGAAGGAAUAUACAUUGCUAUCAAGUGAGAUUGUUGCGAGCAGUGCUCAAAUUAUGACGAACAGACAUUGUUGAUGACGUGUGCACUAAAUUUAAGAGGGUCAACGGAGGGCCCCGGGAAUCCUUGAAAGACAAUAGAAGGAACCCAAAGGAGAAGAGGAGAAGGUGAAAACUGUCCGUGUGAUCCUGCCGAAUAGAGGUCAAUGGAGCCAUCCUGAUGCAGGCUGCAAAACUACGUGGGGAUUACCCGUCGUUGUCGUCGGGCUGAUUUCAACGGUGAGCAGGUGGCGAUUCCACCUUCGGGUGGAAGCGCCGUUUUCAUCACCGCCAACGGCGAAUAGUACAGCCACUUCCGCUUCCUCCACCCCACGUGGCCGAACUAUUACCUGAUAAGAGCUGGAGAAGCGGCCGCAGCCGCAGCCGCCUCGGAGCUCUGAGGAGCUGGAGGAUCUGCACAAGUUAUUGCACUUCCCCGAGGAGGUGGCGCUCAGGUUGACGGAGACCGAAUACCAGCUGUUCUACCAGGUACCGCCCCAGGAGUACCUAAGGCACGUGGCACAAGAUCAGAACACGCAGAAACCAUCUGCCAGGCCACCCCCGUCGCCGAGUCACAGCUUCAGCACUCCCAGCACCGCCAACAGCUCGACCCAGACCGAGGAAGAGUCGAAUUGGCCUGUUCCCAACAUGUUUUCUUCCGUUCAGACACUCAUCAAUCGCUUUAACGAGGUGAGCUCAUGGGUCACCCAAACGAUACUAAACGGCGCGACGAUAGAAGAAAAACAGGCAGUGCUGUCCUGCCUUCUCCGAGUGGCUCAGACCUGUUGGAACAUUGGAAACUUUAACUCAGCCAUGGAAAUUGUUGCCGGCCUCAAGUCCAACAAGUUAAAGCCAUUUUGGCAUAGCGUGAACGAGCCCAUUCCAGUUUUGGAAAACCUCUCCUCCGCCCUGUUGUCUCCUGAAUAUGACUUCGCCCUCGCUCGCGCUUUAGCGAUGCCAGAAUGUCCUGUGAUACCGUUCUUCGGAGCCUUCCUGCGGGAAUUGCGGGAAGUCAUCGCUUCCGAGUCCAAGUCUCAGCAGGGCUGCAAGGACAAUCGGGAAUCCUCGCGCAGCAGAGAUACGGAUUCUGAAAACGUGUCGUCCUCGGGCCAUUCCACGAAGAUAACACUGGAUAGUAUCACGGAAUCGCCAUCGGAAUGUAACUCAAGAAAUAGUUCCUUGAAGAAACAGGAUAACACUCCUCUCCGUGAUACGAACUCCAUCCUCGAGAAAGUUGCCGAAUUUCAUAAGCAUCGACAUGCUCGAGGCAGAGAUGCCACAACUGGUUCGCUCCAUCGCACGCUGAGCAUCCAUACGACCGCAAUCGAGCAAACCUACAUGGCUGAAGAAUGCGACGAAAACGACUACCACCUUGAUCUCGAUUCCUACAAGCCGGUGCAGCCAAUCGCAAUCGACCAUGGGGUUGCGUUAUUUCCUGUUGCUGCUCCUCACUCCGGAAUGGAUCUGCAUCUUCUCCAGAUGCUGCACCAUGGAACAACCUUGGUGCAUUGGGACUCCGAAAGCGGUACUACGAGGACGGCCUUGGUAUUCGCGCGAAUAGAUCGUGCUUGUGGUACCUUCGUUUGGGAAAAGCCACCUUGGAGUCCCCUGAAGACUGCUCAGAUCGGCGGCGCAGCCUCCACGGAUUUCUCGCUAACUGCCAAUCCAGAGGAGGUGGUACCAGCCGGUUUAUCAACGAGAUAUGGGACUCAACAGUUGGAAUGCGCUUCCGUGACCCUGGAAGAAGGAGUUUUGGACCUAAGCCUGGUCAAGGAAGUGAUGAUCGGCUGCUGUGACCGCGACAGAGAAACCGAUCUCAGAAGCAUCUGCAAGAGGUACGGUCUACCUGGAUCCGACUCGUGCAUCGGCCUCAUGUACGGCUCAAGCCUGCCGGACAAUCGACUGAUCUUUAUCCUUUGCCCUCCUGCCCUUAGCAAAAUUUGGUACAUGGGUCUCUGUUGGAUAUUGCGAGGCCUGAAACGACAACAACAAUUAACGGACCGUAGGUCGCGGUGGUUGAAAGAAAAGUACCUUCAGCUUUAUUUCGAAGAAGCUUGCCUUGAGCCAAUGACUGCGGACGCUAUAAGAGCAUUCGGCGGUCGCGAUUGGUCGAUGACUGAAAACAUUGGGACACUUUCGCCAACGAGUAGCACCCUUCGUAAACGAACCAUUAACGUUAAGGGGAAAAAAACGAAAUCCAUUGGCAAUAUUCAUGCAUUAACAAAGGAUUUGAGCCUAAAACAGUACGACUCUUCAUCCUCGGAUGGAGCCUUGUCAGCGGCCCCUCUUCGGCAGAUUACGGGCAGCAGAGAAUCCUUGACGAAAAUUAUACCGGCAUCUCCACGGUCGAGCAGAGAUCGAGUUCCCCCUCGCAGCCCCUCCGCUACUGCUGAACGAAUUCUUAGCUCCAACUUGCCUUACUCCAGCUUUCAGAGCCUACUAUGCGUCACCAGAGAGAAGGACAAAAACGGAUCCGGAGUGUCGAGCGGAAUGGAAGCGCCGUGGCAAGUGAAGUCACGCACAACUUCUAUAAUGUACGAAACUCAGUUAAACUUCGUUGAGUUCGUCGCACUGUUCCGUUCGUUCAGCCUGAGAGCCCGAAAGGAUCUACGGGAUCUAUUCAGCCAACUAGCGAUCACUUGCCGCAGCCAGAGCGACGGUUCCUUGAGAGACUUCAAUAUACGUCCGCCGGUGUUGAGGCAAACCAGCGAUGCGACACCUCAAAGAAUCGGUCUCCUAACGAGAAACAACUCCAUCGACUGUCACGAGUACAAAACCAGUAGCAACCUUCAGAAAAAACAAGUUUUCGACGCAGUCGCUGCCGCUAGCAUCGUUAAUAAUUGUUCCGGCGUAGACACUUCUAAAUCGCAAGUGAUCACUCUGACGACGUUCACAAAAUUUUUGGAGUCACGACAACAGGAGAAAUUAACCGACGAUGAGAUUAAGACACUCGUUAAGCGACACGAACCGGACCCAGCACUACGUACACAAUGGUGUUUGUCUUUCGAGGGCUUUGCGAGGUACAUGAUGGACAAGGACAAUUAUGCUUUCCCAAACGAGUAUGCGACGCCGUCCGAGACUGAAAUGCAACAGCCAUUGUCCCAAUAUUACAUCGCCAGCUCGCACAACACCUAUUUAACUGGGCAUCAACUGAAGGGGGAAUCUUCAGUUCAGCUUUACUCCCAAGUACUGCAAACAGGAUGUAGAUGCGUAGAACUCGAUUGUUGGGAUGGCGAUGACGGGUCUCCUGUCAUCUAUCAUGGGCACACCUUCACUACCAAGAUACCGUUCCGUUCAGUCGUAGAAGCGAUUGAUAGAAGUGCUUUUGUAAGCUCCCCUUACCCCGUGAUUCUCUCCAUUGAGAAUCAUUGUUCGCAGACUCAACAAGCUCGAAUGGCACAAAUCUUCCAAUCGGUUUUCGGAGAGAAAUUAGUCACAAAAUUCCUGUUUGAGACCGAUUUCGGCGACGAUCCUCAGCUGCCAUCGCCAUCUCAGUUGCGCUAUAAAAUACUAAUCAAAAACAAGAAACUAGUGAUGGAUCCCACCGGCCCCCUAGCGCACCCUCCCUUGAGUCACCGCGGAAAAAUGCUGAUGUCCGAUCGUGCAUCGUCUAUGAAACAGAUGCGCACCGAUGUGAGCACUGCAUCGGUCGUUGAAUAUUUCAGCGAGGACGAUGACGACGAGGAAGACGACGACGAGGACGAUAAUAUCGAUGAUAACUCGAUCUCCAGUUACGAGAGGUACUUGGGCGGAAUGCAGGUGCCGCACGGUCGAUUAAAGUCGGAUUCUGCGGUCGAUGACAAGUCACAGAAGCAAAGCAGCCAAAUUGCCAAGGAACUAUCGGACCUGGUGAUAUACUUGCAGGCCAUUAAAUUCCGUGGAUUAAACACGACGCCGGGGAACGCUGCGACAGGAAAAGCGCGCCAUCAGCCGCACAUAGGACCCGUCCAGAGGCAUAGUAUCGCAGGAAUUGGAACCAACACCAUAGCUGGUGCUUCGGGAUCACCGCAGUCAUUAUCGACAUCAGCUUCGCUAGCCAGCGGUGGCAGCAACAUUGACAAUCUCUUCAGGUCCAAUCGCGGAGUACCUGCCUGCUUCCAGUGCUCCUCGUUAAAUGAAAGUACAGCCAAGAAAAUCUGUAGGAAACAGCCGUUGGGCGUUGUUGCUCACGCCGAGACCCAGUUAAUUCGAACCUAUCCAGCUGGAAUGCGUAUCGACUCCACGAACUUCAAUCCAGUAAUCUUCUGGGCCUUUGGCAUUCAAAUGGUGGCGCUAAAUUACCAAACCGACGAUGCUGGAUUGAACCUAAACGCUGCCAUGUUCGAGCAAAAUGGACAGUGCGGAUAUGUCAGGAAACCUUCGGUGAUGUGGGACAAGGGCCACAUGAUGUACAGACGCUUCAAUCCAUGGGACAAGGAGUUCGACGGGCUGCACUCGGCGCAUUUAACUCUGUCGAUAGUCUCUGGCCAGUACGUUUCCCCAACGAAUUUCGUCGCCAGCACCUACGUUGAGGUCGAGCUGGUCGGCAUACCGAUCGACUGUGCCAAGCAUAAAACAAAAGUAAUACAGAACAACGCCCUGAAUCCGAUCUGGAACGAAAAAUUCUGCUUCCAAGUGAUGUUCAAAGACCUCGUAUUUCUGCGCUUCGGUAUCGUCGAGGCGAGCUCCCACCAUUUGAUCGCUCAAAGAGUCAUCCCUCUGAAAUGCCUGAGGCCCGGCUACAGGCACGUUCGUUUACGUUCUUGCAAAAACAAACCGUUAGCUCUGUCAACCCUCUUCAUUUACUCUCGUUUGGAAGAGGAAAGCCUCGACUACAACACUUGCUGUCGCGACCGCAAGGAGUCAUCGAAACGUCCGUUAUCAGGCAAAGAGCCAGAAAAACUGACCACCGUGGAUCCCGGAUUGGGCGGGGUAACAUUGAAGAGGAGAAUGUUUUUCUUAAUGGUUUACCACGUGAUACCGGACGAGCCGUACACUAUUUUAAAAGUCACCCAAGAGAGCACGACACAAGAGGUGAUGCUGCAGGCUCUUCAGAAGGCUGGGAUAUCCGCGGACCGCGUCGACGAGUACAUCCUCGUCGAGGAAGUGUCCCGAGGCUGGGAAAAGAGAGACAGAGAGGAACUGCCGACCCAACGCGUGCUGGAUCCAACGGAACAUCCUCUGCAAGCGCAGGCUCUGUGGAAGGGCCAGGGACGUUUCCUGCUGAAAAGAGUGGGCGACGAUCCCAGCAGCAGAGCCUGGCUGGCAUCCAUCAGAAGCACCGCGGGUCACUCGAAGCUCGAUUCCGAUAGGGACACGUCCACCCACAUAUGGGACGAAGCCGACACCUUCCUAGUUUGCAUUUACAACGUCUCGCCCGAUAUACCUUACGCGAUUCUUCGAGUUCCCGUCAGCAGCUCCGCCCAAGACGUCCUAGCGCAGGCUUUGGUGAAAGCUAGAAGAAUGGAGGACCCGAUGAAGUUCGCUCUGGUCGAGGAACUCGAGUGGGGCGGCACCGGGGCCGUCGGAAGCGGCAAUCGUCAGCUGAGAGUCCUGCGCGACGACGAAAACGUCUACAGCACCCAAGCCUUCUGGAAAACCCUUGGGAGAUUCAUUUUACGCGAACGAGAACAGGCGAUACCCAGGCGACACCUGCUGCCAGCCACCUUGGACAGACUCAGUAAGGGUUUUUCUGUUGGGAGAUCGGUUUCCUUGCCAGGUUCCAGCAAGGAAAAGGUGCCUGUUUCAGAAGCGCUAUCUGAUCCGACUUCCAGAGGCCUCAGGCAUCGCCUGCUAAUGUCUGGCCGCAGGAGGGAGGUCCACUCCGAUGGCGAAGACACCCGCGAGUCCGACAUACUGAACGCGGCCCUUCACUUGAAGAAAGUGUCGCUUAGAAAGCUAAGGGUUUGGAGAUCAUAGUGGCAGUCACGGGCGACGUCGAUAUCAUCGAUCUUCGCCGCUCGGAGAAACGAAUCGUAAGUUAACGAGACCAGAUCAUUGCAUUUGAGACGUAGAAAAAUGUAACGAGGCCGACUGUUUGGCUCGAGGGAUCUCGAGGAUCAUUCGCGUCCACUCUAGAGAGCUUCGUUGGCCAUCAUUUGGAACACCGACGCGCAGCCGAUGGAAAUAAAUUUAACAUAAAAUUAACGGAAGCCUAAUUAUAUGCGACACCACUUCGAUACGCACGAUCCGAGUCUUCGCAUCAUCGCUUGGAAACAAACCAUUAUUAGUAAAUAGUACGAUUGGUUGAUACAGAGUUUGAUUGGACGUAAUGUCGUAUAAUAGAUAUUCGAAAUUGGACAGCCUCCGAGGUGAAACGAAACGAACCCAAAUUAUGUUCAACUGAUCUUAUCGAUAGCAUUUGAAGUGAAAAAUUUGAUGAUUAUUUUAUGUGCUGUUAUCUACGUAGCUUCGAAUCGUUCAAUUCCAAUGACUAAAUUAAUAGUUGUGUACAUAUCCGCAGGUAGUCUUGGAUGUUUCGCUGAAAGCGAAUUUUAUAAUAGUAUCUUUCGCCAGUCUCGAUUUUCACGAUCGCCACACUUUUCUAGUCAUUAUUGAUACUGUAAUAACGUACAAAUGGUAAUCUUCAAGAGAACGAGUUCCUCAAUGAGCACACGGAGCCACUGAAUUCGACACUUCCCAAAGGACUUUCUCGAAAUGAUACGCAGAGAUAUUUUUCAUCGCGAAGGUUUAGUUCGAUCGAUCGGUUCGUUUGGUUGGUAGAUUAACACAAACCCUGUUUUCCAUAUUUUUGUAUACACGUGUACAUAUUUUUAAUCUAAACUAUAUAUUUUAAUACAUGUAUAUAUUUGUAUUUAACGGAUACAUUGUAUUCAAAGAAUCUGUGCGCAAUACCACAGGAGGGGCUUCGCUAAAUUCAUCAGCGAUCGAAAGAGUUUCACGGCACAGAUUAAGAAAAAAAGAAAAAGAAAAAGAAAAAACAAAACUAGUCAAUUCAUUUUUAAUUUGAAUACGAAGCCAAACAUCAAACUCCAAUAUCGAUGUAACUUACACCGGGACCUGAUUCUUUUUUAUAAGCAUUUACUUAACCCUCGAGUUAUUAACGCUUGCACUUUGUGUACCUGACUUAUCCGUAGAAGUCCUUCUUUAUUCGCGAACAACGUUCGAGUAGUAUCAUUCUGAACGAUUAUUUUAAAAAACGAAAAAGAUGAAAAUUGAAGAAGAAAAGUUCCCGAAUUUCGAAAACAGAGAUAGAAGGUAUCUUUUCACGCGUUGACUAUCAUUUUUGGCCCGUUUCCGUUUCCGUUGCUUGUAAUUGACGAAAGACUUCACUCGACGACAAUAACAAUUAUCUUUUCUAUAAGGUGUACAACGCUGGUAGCUAAUUUUCAAUCUACUAGCAAAUUUUUCACACCUCGUGAAAUUUUGAUUCUUUUCUUACGUUUCUUUUUUUUUUACAAAGUCUUCUUCGCGUAAUAGGCACAAUAAAGAUUAACACUUUGGCUUUACUUUGCAAAAAAAAUGUUAUAAGUUUUUCAUUAAUUACAUUUUUCAAUGAAAUUUUAAAACUGAAACUAUCCAAGUCCUACGCAUACAACUAUACCUUUGUGAUUAGAGAGAGUUUCUAUUGACGACGAAAUAAAACAAUAAAUUGUAAACGUGUAAAAUUAUUCUGAAUCCAGAAAUAUCAAUUAUGGCAUUCACGAACAAUUUAUAAAGUAUUUUUUUUUAUUUUUAAGCACGUAUGUGAAAAUCCGAAUGAUGCAUCCGUCACCAGAAGCCAAAGUGUUAACAAUAUUAUCUUUAUGCAGAUCUACUUUUCCCGCGGUACAAUUUAUUCUCAGUUUGGUUGGACCGAUGAUUUAUUGCGACGUGUCCGUUUGAUCGAGUUCGCGUUAUCGUUAAACAUUGAUUAUCGAUUGGUGUUAUCGACGCCUCCGUUCUCGCGUAAAAUGAAAGGUAGAAAUAGUAACGACACCAAGUGAAACAAAGCGAGAAGCGACCGAAUGGUCUACCAUUUUUAAAUGACAAAUGAAGACGUCUAGUCAAGCUCUAUCAUCGAUGUAUGCUUAGAGGUACGCUCCCAAGUACGGUGUAUUUAAAUUAUUUUAUAGAUGCGAUGCUUAUAGAUGUGACUCGUCCGCAAAUUAAACGACUGCAUUUUAACUAAGAGGUUCAUCGUAGGACAAAAUUCUUGAAUUCGUGAUGGAGUAAGUUAACGUUUCUUGCUACCGCGAGUCUUUGGUAAAACCAAGUAUAAAGAACAGUAUUAUUUGCAUAUAUAUGUACAUAUAUAUACACAUUCUCGACGAUUGCGUGAAUUACGUUCGGCGCAACUAUUGUACUAUUAGGGUGAACCGAAAGUUUUUUCCGAUUUUUUUCUUUCUUCUAUGUUCAAAUUAGGUGAAAGCAGUUUUAUUUAAUCUUCUAAUCUUUUUAAUUUGAUCAAAUCAGAGAUACACAAUAGUUCAGUCAUACUUAUCUAAUACAUAAUAUGAAAAAAGCAAUUUGAAACUUAUAAAUUGGUGUAUAUAUAACACAAAACGUAUAUUUAUCCAGUUUAAACAUUUGUUAACAUGAAACGCAGAGAGAAGAGAAAAAAAUUGGACAAAACUUUUAGUUUACCCUAAUAUUUAGUCCACACGGACUAUUUAAAGUACGGGAAACGAAGGAGUCGACUUGGUCGUCCUCUCAUUAAAUGUCCUGUCGAAGAGAAUUCCAACUUCUCAUUGUCUCUACUGCGGAUUAGAGUGAAACAACAAUUGGCUGUCUUGAAGCUGAGAAAGAAGGAGUUCUUAUUCCUAGAACUUUCUCACCUAGCCAAGUGAGUGGGUGAAUUUUAUUUAUAAGUGUGCGAUGUCGUAUAACUUGACUAUAGCACCUAAUGUAAAAUUCGUUUAAUUCUUGCUUUACGUUACUAUUAUCUUCAUAACACGCCGGCAUCUCCAUUAAGAAUGCCAAUAGUCAAGACCCAUUGACCCUCUGAGGGCCUAGCCAAGUCGAUUCUUUCGGUUGCAGGACCUUAACAAUUCCCGUGUAACGAUGGCGUCGGUGAUUAGGAACCCACGCGAAACCGUAGCUCCCUGGCUAAUAGCCAUCAGCACAAUCGAUGCCGGUUAAACUUGCCUAUGAAACGGCAAACGACAUACAUACUUGUACGUUUGGAGAUUAAAUUUAUUACAGAUUUGUUAAGAGAAUGCAGUGCGGCCAAUAUUUGUACAUAUUACAUUAUCCUUUCCGUUAUUAUAUCCAAUCAAGCAUACGAUCGGAUGACAAAUCUCAACGCGCGUAGAUUCUUGCUACUCGUGAAGGAAGAACGUCACGUUUGUGGCACCAGUUUGACUAAAAAUUACUCGUGACAUAGAAUCACAAGUAAAGAGCUAUGUAGAAUACUAAGACACGUUUCCCAAUUUUUAAUUCUAGUCAUAAUCGGUUAUUUUAUGUCGCUUUAAGUAUUUACACCUUGUAUAAAUUUAAUAUUUGUUUGAUUUAAUAUUUAAUUGAAUAUUUUUUGACAUAUUAUUUAUUGCAUUCCUUAAGUUUUAGGUCUAAAAAGUUUUUCUAUGGCUUCGUCAUUCAUUUUCAUGUGGAAUAAGUAUAAGAGAAAGAAAAAAGAUAAACAAUAUUUUAUAACGCAAACUGGUACGUCUACAAGCUGAUGAAAUAACGAAUACAAUGUUGCAUGAAGUAUAAAAGUUAAAAUAUAUGAUGUUUAUUACAUAAAGGAAUGGUACACAAUUUUUUUGAAAUUCUUUCGAUACUUUUCGAUAAUAAGCCAGGAAUAUCCAAAUACAAGUUGUGAAGAUCUAAUGGUAGCCUAACGGAUCUAACCAAAAUCUAUUCACAAGGAAUAUGCAUACAGUAAAAUGAAAUUCUAGUCAUUUUACUGUGAAUGUAAAGAGUACCAUGACAGCCAUAGUGUCACCAUUACGAAAUCUAAAUAGCGUAUUCUGCGUUUAGAAACAUACAAAUCACGAAUGAAUCGACACUUUUCAGUCGAAUUAAAUUGCGAUGUACUCCGUGUAAGAGCAUAACUACGUGAAAAUGGAGUCAAAUUGGUAACUCAAGCGUCGCGUGCUCGCUUCGUUAGUAAUAUUUAUUAUAUAUUGUUGAUACUGAAGAGGAGAAAGGUUAGAUCGGUGUUACUUUUACAAUCGUUGCCCAUACCCCUGGACUGUUAAACGAGGAUACUUGUAGAUUGUAAAUACGAGACCAAGGAGCGUCGGGUCGUUCUUUCACUUGUAAACAUCUCAUUUCGAUCGCUCGAAGGACAGCACACCACUCGGUUUCGGUACUUCCAUCGAAACCUUCCGCCUAAUUUUCACGAUACUAUUCUACAUGUACGUAUAGGUGCAAGUAUUAACGUAAAGAGUAACAUGAAAUCUAUUUACCGCGGGCCAGAGACGCCACGAACACGUUGUUUAACGUAUUUCAUAUUCUAGUAUACACUCUACGGUAUUUUAUAGCCUCAACAAACCUUACCUGACAGUUCUGCAUUAAUUUUACGCAGUCCUACGUCGGACGGAGCUCAUUUUAAUUCAGGAAGCGGCGAAAAUUCAUUUGGAGAACGUUUGGAUAUUGCAAGGAGAAAGAAAGACCUUUCUAGAAAGCGUAUUAUAUCACAUAAAAUAGAACCUUGGUUAUUCCAAGUCUUUAUUAAUCUAAUACUCUGAUAUUCAGGCUCUCCGUUGUCCGAUACACUUUUGUAAACGUUUCGAUCUUGGGCGAUCCACACACAAUAAGGAUUUAGCAUUUGAAGAUUUGGAAAUAGUAUACAAUUUAUAACUUCGUCAGCUCUCACUAUUGCAAAUUGACAAAUACUAUAAAAGAAAUAAGUGGUCGCGGGAUGAAAUCUUGCAAUGAGACAUUUUUUCUCUGCCGUUUCUAGAAUUAACCCCUCGCGGCCCGACGUUGAGUGAGGCUCGACAAAAAUGCACUGAAAUCAUAAAAUCUGGACCACGAAGGGUUAAAUGGCGCUGUGCGGCGUAGAAUAGCUUCUUCGAUGAUCUUCGUGGCACCCCUGAGCACCCUGAUAUAUUUUUGGACGCCACUUCCUUCGCGUAUCUUCUCCCCGUGUUUUCAAACUACGUAAUAACGUAUCCUAAAACAGGCCACGAAGUUAAAAUAUAGAACCCGAGAAGAGUAAACCGUUGAACAGUUAAAUUUGUCCAAAUCGGACUAGCUCGAAAGUGAUAUUCGAUAAUUGACAAUUACCAAAUAUGAAAUUAAUAGCAAACACAAAAACAGUGUCUGUCAAUUGACUGAUAUUUUAAAAUGUAAUUAACUUGAAGUUUCGUUUAAGUUUCUAGCGUAAAACUAUACUGAUUUCUUUAUACGUUCGGACAGUAUUGAUCGUGUUUGUCGAAUUCCGAAACAAGUGGCUAGUUAUGCAGCUGUUGAAAUAUUUAUAUACGAAAAUACCUUUACGUUAGUCUCAUAAAAUGAGUAAUUCUCAAACUGUUCUACAAUUACAUCCAUAAUUGAUCUCACAGAACCUAUCUAGAUUUGCAACAAAUUGUUACAAAUUGCUGCAAUAGUACUAUUUCUUUACAGUUUCUUGAACAUAUAUUAUAUAAAUACUUAAAUAACAAACAUGUACACUGUUAACGAGUAUUUAUACGUCACUUAUUUGACUAUUCGCUUUGUUACCUCACGUUAUCGUUACAUUUAUUUCAAUACUUGAAUUUUUUACGAUGAUACGACACGAUAAGUAACGUCUUAUAGUAAGUAACGUAGCGUAUAACAGAAUCAUGGAACAUUAUGUAUAUAGAUCAAACAAUGGCUACUAAUGACGAUAAUUAAUUCUUACGAUUAAUUCCAAUGCUCCUUGUGUCUCGGACAAAACCCCCGCAUCGAGAAUAUCAUCGACUACAACGGACGUCUUUCGAAACUUAGAAAGCAGCUACAAAUACUGCAGUAGUUCUCGAAUCAAGCUGCUAUUUGUUGUUAAACUUUUCAGAAGCAUUGGCGUCGCUACGUAGUUAUGGGAAGAAAACAAAAAUUAAAAAAAGAACGUAAACUCGACGGUGCCAACUAUGAAUUCCGAUGAUCAACGAAUUCGUUUAAAAUUGAAUGAUUUUAAAUAAAACUCGCUUUCCUUUAUAUUCAGAAUUAGCAUAGUUUCUGUUGCAAAGGCAAGAAUUCUUUCGGAUUUCUUUUCGAAAAUUCCCGUUGAAUCGGUGAUCGUAACGGCGCUUAUGCUCGAAAGACUAUUCUUUACGGCUGAUUCCGAAAGAUUUGUUGAAGAUAAUUAUAAGACGAAAAACUACGUACAUUGCACACCAUCAGAAAGAAACAACUACUUGUUAAAACUUUUGGGACCAUUCUCAUUAAGUAUAUGUUCGAACGUGCUCUCUCAAGGGCCACUUCAACGUAAACGAUGCAAUAUUAAGUUUCUUUUCGUCGAUAAAGAUGUAGGAACUUAAGGGUAAUCGGAGAGGACGAAGAGAAAUGAGAACGAGGUUUCGAGAUCGGUAUUCGACGAGAUUUAAAAAGACGCAAUCGAGUUUCGUGAAUUGCUCGUCACCCAUGCGCCGUUUAAUCUUUUCCAGCUUUCGAAACAAACUUCUGUGCAAAAUACAGUGUUCGAGGGGUGCAGUUUGUCGAGGAAGAAUGUGAUCGACGUAUUUUUCAAACUGUUUAUUUUUUCACUUGUCUUUAGAAAAGUAUUCAACACGGUUCUUUUGUAAGACCUAUGUGGUUUAAUAAUUUGAGAACUGUUAAGUAUUCCAAAAAUAUUAGUAUGAGAAUUGUGUAUUACAAUAAUAUGAUUUUUUUUAUUUCUAUUUGUAUUUCUUCUUUUUAUAUAUGGAAUGCAUUCACAGCCGCCUCUGUUAUUAGAUUCAAAGGAAAAUAUAUUCUUCCUUGACAGACUAUAUAAUACUAUCGCUUACGUUUGGCCAUUCACAGACACUUGUAACCGUUAUCACUGUUUCAUUGGUAUCGUACUAUACGUGGGAACAGACUCGCGUAAAUCCUGAAUUUUUCAAAUUAUCCCACUCGAGACCAAGAGGAUCGCUAGUAUCUAAAUCAACGUAAAAGAAACGAGUGAGUUCAGUCAGCCAACUCGAUUAUCCUUUUUGAUCGAAUCGAAUUCGACGAGGAAUAUACAUAUAUAUAUAUAUAUAUAAAGCGCGUUGCGCAUAUACGAAAGAGAUACACAUAUACCUUGUAUUGAUCGGGCAUAUCCCUAUUGUACAUAUCCGUGGUUCUUCGAUAGCUGUUACAUUAAAUAUGUGCGCGUAAUACCUAAACGAUAAAUAAAUAGAUAGAUUAUACGCAUCCGUACGUAUACGUAUGCUCGAAUGUGAAAAUGUAUCUGCACACGGAUACGUAUAUGUACGCAUACGGCGAUGCAUGCGUGCGUCUAUAUAUGUAACGAGCGGUUCGAUAACAAUGGGUCGCUGAAGUACAUUGUCAUUUUGUGAUACAACAAAUCUCAAAGUGGACGGUCUUUGAAGAAUUGCACGAUUAAACGCUUCGCGGUUCUACGUCGAGCGAGGCUCGGCAAGAGUGUACCGAAGUCGGAAAAUCUAGACCAGUUUCCAUUUUUCAAGUACAGUUCUGCCUUUUGGAUUGUCACAGGUUUAAAAUCUAGUUGCGACAACUCGAAGAGCAUGUAUUGUCCGUUGCUCAGGAGUUGGCGAGCCAGCUCAAUUGGCUGUCGCGUGACGAAGGCAUUGAACAAAAUAGAGCGAGAAAGCAUUAGUAACCAUUGGCGUAACGUUAACUCUCUGACUAUGCAGUGUGACUGCUCGAAAAAAAGAGGGGACCCUGGGAAGGUUUAGGCGGAGCGAACGUGAUCCUCUGCCCCCUCGGUCUCCUCUAGUUUGUCGGUACUUCUCCAACUCUUGAGCAACGGCCAGUAGGUACAGUUUGAACCGGAGCGAGAUGUAAUUAACGGCGGAUGGGAUGAUUCCGUGACAAGUUUAAAGACAGGAGUUGCGACAAGCUGAGAGGCAGUACUGUCUCUCGGAUUGUUAUAUAUUUUGAGGCUACUUGUAACAACUUGAGAAGCGUGCGGGUACAAUUUGAAUAAGAUCAAGAUGUAGUUAACAGUGGUGGUGAUAACUCAACUUGAGAAAUUGUGACAACCUAAGAGACGGUACAAUUAUUUUCUGUCCGAAUUAUUGCAUAUCGUGGGUCGAAAACGUUACGAAAUCUCGGGAGUUUUUCUACUAUUAUUAGAGACUUCAAACUUUCGUCAUGAAAUAUUUAAAAAAAAAAAAUGUGAACGUAAGACACAGAAAUUGUUUAACGAAAUGGAAACUGACAUUCAGCGCGGCGAUUGUUGUCGAAUCAAGUCGUACACGUUACUUUCAACGGCUAUGAACUAUGCACGACACUUUUUUACGGGGCGCGGGUUCGAAGCCAAAGACGAAAAGCUCUAAGGAUAAAAUAAAAGUUGAUAAAAGCAGUUUAAGUAGCCGUUUCUGCCAUGUGGCCAGGCUGGCCCGGCCACGGUUGUUAAUCUAUCUAUUAAUAUUGAAAUAAGAUGUCUUUUUCAUAAGUGUGAAUUUUACGAUAUAGAUACAUAUAUUAAAUAUAUAUGUAUUACCUAAAGUACGUAAGUACACAUUCAACACAAACACACACACACACACACACACACAAACACACACACACACACAAACACACAAGGUACAGACGCACACGUGCGUGCGCGCGCGUACGCGUGAAUUUAAUUGAUCGUGGUUCGUUUCCACUGCAUUCUCAUCGACGGUUUUUUGUUGCAUUGUCAAGGAAAUUCGGUCGUUGUAACAGUUGGUAUGGAUCGCGUGAAAAAAUCGUUAAAUGGUUAAUCGAUUAGUAAAGUCUUCGCCGAAUAAUUGUAACUUAACCAGCUGAGAAGUAACGAUUUUAAAAUAGUGCCACAAACGAUCGUGCCUAUUAAAAUUUAAUUGAAAUUCCCAAGUGACUUUCUUUUAAAGCAUAUAUCCACGAAGACUAUACUUAGACGCAUAUGUUGAUUUUGCUCAUCGCAUAAAAAAACGGAAGAUUAAUUUUUUAUUUUAUUUUAUACAUUUAUCUAUAGGUAUUUGCGUUUAAUGUUUUUAUGUAAAUCUAAAUUUAUUUACCUUUGGAUAUUCAAAGAUUUAUGGUUCGAUUAAAAAUAUUAAUUGGUUCCAUCAUUUUAUUUUGAUAAGCGUUAUCUGAAUAAAAUGUUUGUUUAGUUGACUGUAAAUGAAUUUGGAUUUCUUUUAAAGUAAGCAUAUUUGCAAUUCUGUUUAACAGCUAAAUUUCUAUAUUCUUUAUAAGAAUUUUUAAUGAUUUUAGAUAUAAAUUGCUUAAGAAUAAUUAAAUGAUGACUUUAUGUUUGAAACUAGCUUCAACUCAAGUCUUCUCGUUUAUUCGUUUAUACUGAUUUCCUAAUAGUAAUUUGUAACGCGUACACGUUGUAUUCUACUUUUAAAUCUGUUUUUUAGUAUUGCAAAGUACCAUUUCAUCGAAGAGGUAUUUUCUCUGGUAAAUACGUCUUCUGGUUACGUCACCACUGAAAUGUAUCCUUCUUGCGUAAGUGUUAACACUGUAUUUAUCUGGAAAUAAGUAUAAAUUCGAAGCAAUUACAGAACAACAAUCUCACGAAUCGACGUCGACGUUCGAGUCAAAAUGAAUUGCAAUUAAAACUCGAAGGUUCGAUUCUGUGCCACAAAUUUAGCAUGUAAUCGAUAAAUUUGCCAAUUUCUCUUAAAGACGUCUGCGUAAAUUUCAAUUAAAACUUCGUCGAAGCUCAAAUAUUUACACCGAUUCGAAGCCACAUCAAUUAUAUACAGAAAUUGUACCAAAAUACAAAUGUUUGUUUGAAAGAAGAUUCCAUUUUCAUCCUGAGGAUGAAUUCAAUCACAAUUUCAAGCACGCAUAAGAGUUUCUCGACGUUUCAUAUGUUCUCAGAAAGUUAAACAUCACAAUUGGCGAAUUUGUAAUCAGUCAUAUUCUAGUCAGUUUCAAUUUGUUCCUAUUAUUACGUAAUUACGUUGAUACUCUAGUGAUCUUUAGUUCCUGUGACUAGUCUCCUACGGAUCGAUAAUCGCCCUCUUUCGAAUGCAUAAAUCCUUAAUUGUACAUAUUUAGUUCCUUGUCGAUCAAUUAAUACGAGCAAAACUCGGCGAAGAACUCGCAAAAAAAGGUGAUUGAAAAAGAAUUAAGAAUUGUAUUAAUAACGGUAAUGGCAAAAUGUACGUUAAAGGAAAUGUUUUCGUAGGGUAUACGUGGAAGUCGUUAUUUAAAAGGGAAAGUCCAUGAGGGCAAGUCCUAAAACUGUAUUAGUAGUUAUCAUAAUAUUUGCCACGACGUCGAGUCCAGGCGUGUUGCGACAGUUAUCGAAAAGUACCAGGAUAAAGAGGGUAAACGUAUCGAUAAACGAACAAUUAUUUUACUAGUACACGCCAGAACGUCGUAGAAGGGAUUACGUUGCAUUUAAGUGAUACUUGUGUAAAUUUGAAACGACGAAACAAAUGGACGACGUUGCGCGAAUAGCGUGUAACAUUGCAUAGAAUUCUCUUUGGCGUUACUAUAAUAAACUCUUGAGUAGUCUACGUUCUCGUUUCGAGGAACAAACGUACACGUAUUAACUAUUAAAAACCGAAAACGCAUGCGACCGUCUUGAAUUUAAUAUAUAAUUUAUCACUAACGAUACUGUGUUAAUAUAUCAUCGGCAUUGUUGAGAGAAAGAAAAUCUACAUGUAAAUAAACAUAAAAGCAUUUUUAUAAAUAGCCCAGAA